ACGGCAAAGUGACAACUUUUGAAAGUUUAACAUUGUGUGCUUCAAAAUGGACGGAGCACUGCCGAAAAACACGUUGGAACUUUUAUUUGAUUACAUUCAUCAAAAUCAGAAGGAUAUUAUUUCACGUAUACUACUGGACGCAAGAACAGAAUACACUGGAUAUGCAACGAAGCUGAACUCAGAGGAGAAACGAAAGGUGAGUUACAUUCAGUCCCUACUGGACUACUGUGAAGCUGAAAGAUGGAUGCAAGCUCGGAACCUUCUCGAACCAGCAGAGCAAGAAUACUACCGAUACUUUUACAGGAAUAUCCAGUCUGCGAAAAAUCGGGUACCAACGGACCUGUCGUUAAUGAAACCGUCAUCGCAAUCAAAGAGAGUGGCUUUUUCAGACCAACGAAGGGAGUCGCAGUCAGAGAGAUCGAAAGUUGAGCCACCAAAACAAAACAGACGGAGAGGCGUGGAAACUGAUAUGAGCGACCUUCGCACUCCUCAACGCAUCGCAGAGAAGUUCAGCGAGUUAUUUAAGAACGAGUGGUGUGAUGCAAUGGAAGAGCUCGAGCAAUUCAAGAUUUUUGAGCCAAAUGCUGCUUCUUGUCUCCUUCGCAUUGUUCUGGAUGCAUAUCGUGUUUGUACAAUGGAAGCCGAUUCUCAAAUAGCAAAACUUGAAGAUGCUGCUGCGUCGAUUCUGAUGGAGGGAGUUAAUCGCAUGGUGGGAAAACAACACGGGAACAAGUCAUGUUUGAUUGAAUAUCGACGUGGAUUGGCUAACAUAUGUGUUGAAAGAUUACAAGAAACAUUCAUUCGGCGCUACCUCCCAGAAAUAAUCCGUACCGUGGGUGUAUAUCAGAACUUACGCACGCAUGGUGCCGUGUUGCGCUAUACAAACCAAUGCGUCACCAUAUGCUGGGCGAUGGCAGUUCUUGACCCUCAGGUGUACAUGGUCGAUGAUAGAGAUAGCGGCCGCGGGUUGCUUAACACAGAGCUUUACAAUACGUUUACAAAAGAGGGCCCCUCACUGUGGUAUUACGUAUGGCCUCCAUUGAAGGUCCAAAAGGGAGGGUUAAUACUGGUGAAAGGAGCAGCUCAAGGACGAUAAAUUCAUUGUUUUGUGUGCGAACUUGUAAAUGUCGUUUUAUUGUAUUUGCAUUGUUUUAUUUGUUGUUGCAAUACGCUUCCUAUCACAUGGUGGACAAAUCAAAUGAAAUAAUUAGUUAUUUGAUAGUAUGAUGUGUACCACAUUAGCUUAAAGAAAGAGGUUUCUAUUUAAAGAAGUUGUAAAUAUUAUUUAUACGUUUGA